CCGCGGGCCGCCUGCUUUGCCGGGCGGAUCAGGAGCCCCCUAGGCCCCGCGCCGUCGGGCCGCGAAGCCCCCUGGUGACCUGGAAGGUUGAGGCUGGAGUUGGGGCCGAAUCCCUCUCGAGGGUAUUCAAGUGAGCCGGAACGUGGACGCCUCGUCCUCCAGGCCCGUCGGGGUCGCUGGUGGACCCCGGCCUCGCCAAGUGAACUGGAUAUGAUCUCCACGAGGGUGAUGGACAUUAAGCUUCGAGAAGCUGCAGAAGGCCUUGGGGAGGACAGCACGGGGAAGAAAAAGUCCAAGUUCAAAACAUUUAAGAAGUUCUUCGGGAAGAAGAAGAGAAAGGAAUCACCAUCUUCCACAGGAAAUAGCACCUGGAAACAAAGUCAGGCGAAGAGUGAGGUCAUUGCCAUUGAGUCAGGGCCAGUGGGCUAUGACUCAGAGGAUGAGCUCGAGGAGUCGAGGGGUGCGCUGGGCAGCCGGGCCCUGUCACAUGACAGUAUUUUCAUUCCUGAGUCUGGACAGGAUCCUACUCGACCUGUGCGGGUGUUUUCCCAAGAAAAUGUGUGUGACCGGAUUAAAGCCCUACAGUUAAAAAUACAGUGUAAUGUGAAAAUGGGGCCACCCCCUCCUCCAGGGGGUCUUCCUGCCAAGCGAGGAGAUGACACCGGCAUGAGUUCUGAGGAUGAUGGUCUGCCCAGGAGCCCCCCAGAGAUGUCCCUGCAUGACAUUGGUCCCGGCACAACCAUAAAGGUCUCUUUAGUAUCCUCAUCCCGGCCACAGUCUCCAGACCAGCUCUCCUCCAGGCACGUGAGCGAUGCCAGUGUCUCCCCCCGCACCUCCGACAGCAGCGUGGCACCCGUGGCUGAUUUCAAUUACCCUCCAGAAUUUUCCUCCUGCCUGGACAAUUCUGCAGCUAAGCACAAGCUCCUGGUUAAGCCCCGCAACCAGCGGUCCAGCAAAAUGAGGCGGCUGUCUUCGCGAGCACAGUCUGAAUCCCUGAGUGAUCUGACGUGCACCCCAGAGGAAGAGGAAUACGAUGAUAAGUCCUUACCCAAAGUCAGCACAGAAGAGAACCCCAAUUCUGCACAGCAGGAUGUGGGACUGGACAGAAGCCCUGAGCCUGGAGGACUAGCCACCAUGCUGCAAUCUGGGGGGCCACGGGCUAGGCGGGCACGCCUGCAGCACUGCCCUGCACUCAGUGCCAGCGCCGAGGAGAGCUUCCUUGGGGAUAACACCUCAAGCCGCCCAGCCACCCCCGAGGUCAUUGAGUCCGAGUCGGGCCCAGUCCCCCGCGUGGAGUCCCCAUCUCUGCCAGAAGGUUCCCCGCAUCACCACCAUAAUCCUGACAGCGAAAUCCAGAGGGAGGAGCCGUCCCUGGAAAGCACAAGUCCCCCAGCCAGGGAAACAGCUGAUGAGGUGAUUUGUGCUUCUGGAGACAUCGAGAUUCGAUUAUCCCCCUCCAUCCCCGAGGGGGACACGACGCCUCCCGAGACUGACCCUGCCGUCACCUCGGAGACACCCCCUGGUCUAGAUGGGCCAGACCAAAGUGUCCAGAAGGAGGUGGAGCUGACGCUGGAAGCGCCCGAGCCCGAGGGAGCAGGGAAGGGAUCUCCAGAGGCCCCUGCCCCAAGCCCCCCGGCUCCCAAGAGCUGCUUGAAGCACAAGGCCCCGGCGAUGAGCGAGAGCCCCGGCGCGCCGGCCGCCUGCGAGCCGCCUGCGGAGGAGCCCGCUCCCGGUCCCCUGGACGGAGAGGCCGAGCCGCCCCGGGCCGAGCCCGCGGAGCCCCCACAGGGGGGACCGGAGAGGCCGGCGCCCGAGCGGAAGGUGGAGCGGGCAGGCAGCGAGCUGCGGGCCGUGAAGUUCUCCGUGUCGUCGGGCCGGGCGUGGCCGCGCUCGGGCAGCGCCCGCCUGUUGGAGCACGCGGGCCCCGCGGGCGCCUUGCCGGUGCGCCUGCCGCUUCUGAGGAGCAGCCUGGCCUGGAGGAGCGAGGCGGCGCUCGACGACCUGCGGGCGCCCCCCGAGCCCCACGGCGGCGGCGGCUCUCGGGACUCGGGGGACGCGGCGGCCGGGCCGGGCCGGAGCCCCCGGGACGCCCCGGGAGACCCCUGCCCGGCGGCUCGCGAGCCGACAUCGGGGGAGGACAGAGGCCCCUUUGCCGUCAAGCUGCGCUCCACGUCUCUGUCCUUCAAGCACAGAGAGGCGUCCUCUGCCGAAGCAAGAGGGAUAAAGAGAUACAGCGCUGAAAUCCGGUUAGAAAGAGGGGGGCUGGCUUUGCUCCCCAAAGACGAGAAAGGUCAGGUCGCGAAGGCCCCCUCCCCUCGAGGGGCACGGUCCCCGCACGAGCAGGGAAAGGGGAAGGCUCGGCCCUCGGAGCCGCUCAGCUCCAAGCCGCCCUUGCCCCGGAAGCCGCAGCUGCAGAGCCGCCCCCUGCCGUCCCCGGACGCGGGCCCCGGGGAGCUGGUCAAGGCCGCGCUGCCCCAGGACCUAAGACGGGAGACCCGGUCGGCAGAGACGCGGUCGCCGCACAGGGCAGCUGAGAAGGGUCCACCUCCUGCAGCCGAGGGCCAGCCUGCACCACCCUGGAUCACCAUUGCCCGGCAGAAACGGCGAGGGACCCCCAACCAGCCCCCUAACCAGGAAGACAAGCCUGGGGUCCGUACCCUGAAGUCAGAAAUAGGAAAGCAAGCCAAGGCGCCCGAGAGAACCCAGGAGCCCAUGAAGCAAGCUGACUUUGUCCGCAGCAAGUCUUUCCUGAUUGCUCCUGCCAAACCCACUGUGGACCGGAGGCAGGGGACAAAGCUUCGCCUCCAGGAGGGGCUGCAAAGAGGAAUCUCCUUGUCCCAUCAGAACUUGGCGGCUCAGUCUGCAGUGAUGACGGAGAAAGAAUUGCAUCAGCUGAAGAGAGCCAGUUAUGCCAGUGCAGAUCAGCCAUCCUGGAUGGAACUUGCCAGAAAGAAAUCUCAAGCUUGGAGUGACAUGCCCCAAAUUAUAAAAUAGGCUGACAGCCUGCUGCUAAAGAACGUCCACUACCUUGAUGGGUCACUUACUUAAAAACUGCCAGUGAAUCAAGGCAAACAAACUGUGAAACCGAAGAGUGAUUUUAUCAGGUUAUGGGAGAGCGAGCCUGGGGAAGAGGAAGGAACCAGGCCAACAAAGACAGACACACAGCCACAAUCCUGGGCCAGAGGUGCCCUAAAACAAGAGCACCAUUGAAAAGGGCCAGGAACAAGGUCCUGUGCCCAAAGGUAUGAAUGUGAGUCUUUGAGAAUUGCCUUGAUAAAGAGGGCUUGGCAGGAAGAAAACAGAAGUGAGCAGUGAAAGCCUUAGUCGGAAGCUCCUGCAAGGACAAAGGGAAGGUCUUCCAGGAGAACGUGUGUCUGUGCUUCCACCUGAGGUCAACUUGUGUCUCCGGGUGUGGUCUUGCCUGUGGAUCCUGUCUUCUUUCAAUGUUUACUAUUAGGCAUGACAUUUUUGGUAAAACAGGGAUGCCGUUUCCAAGAGCAGCUAUUAAACAGUUUUCCUGAAGACAGUCUCUCUAAGAAGGAGCAGAAGGAACAUAGCCGGGUUCAUCAAUUCAUAGACUGUUUCCAAAAAUAAUUUUUAAACUUUUCCACAAGGCAUCUGUGUCCUUAACCAUUGCACAAUGCAUUGCCUGUUCAAUAAAAGGUUUCAAACAUG